CGCAAAAUAAGGGAGCUUCUAUUCAAAUUAUAAAAGAACAUGACUUACACAAUAAAACCGAAAUUUUACGCCUGAGGGCCCAAAAAAAAAAUGGUUCGAGUUUUUCGAUAUAUCGAUUAGCGCCAGGGAGAAGAGAAAAAUUUUGGGCAUUGGAUAACACAUUUAGUCGUGGAAUGCAAUUUACACGAUCUUUUGGUGAUUUUUAUAUUAAAGAUAAGGCUAAAAAUACCGAACCAGAAUUUGCAGAUAAAAUUUAUAAUGCCAAAGAUCUAAAUUUACUAGUUCUUUGCUCCGAUGGUAUAACGAAUCGUCUUAGAGUAUAUAAGAGAAUGCCAACUCAAGUUCUAUUAAGCUACAUGAAGCAGAACAAAUAUUCAACCGACUUAAUAGAAUUGGCCUGCAAAGACUUGAUCAAAUUAUGUGAUUUAAUCUCUCAAUCUGGAUUUUGCACUGAUGAUAUGUCAAUUAUUAUAAUAGCAUUUUUAAAUAGUAGACCUCUUGAAAAAUGGUAUGAAGAUGCAACAAAAGAUGCGGAAGACCCAAGGGAUUGGUUGAAUCCAUCAUUUAGAAAUGAUGAUGAUUUAUCCGAAAUUUCUGAGCAAGAUUUGGGUGAAGUUGAAACUCCUGUAAAGGAUAAUGGUUUUGAUAUUUAUGACACUUCAAAUCAAUAUUCUGCUGAGGAAGCUGAAGAAUUUGCUGAUAUGACU